CAGUGGGAAGAAACCAGAGCCUAUAAUGUAUUAUUUCUGAACACAGGAAAUGUAAAGAAAAAAAAUAGUAAACCCUAUUUUAGCAGCAAACAUAGCAAAGCUAGAGGGAAGUCCAAAUUCUUGUUUUGUUAUCCGUGUGUGUGUGUGUGUGUGUGUGUGUGUGUGUGUGUGCUAGAAAGACUUGUUUUAUUGCAACAGUGUAUUGACAUUGUAGAUCUGUAUGUUCAUAGCAAUUAGUUCUGUUGACAUGUCAAAGAUUUUGGAAACAAUAUCUCAUAGUGAGUGCUCCUCAGAAAUGUACAAUUCAGCAAAUGGCAAAAAGUGACACAUUAUAGUUUCUGUGAGAAAUGCACUAAAACCAAGAAAUGUUUGCAUCUCUCCUCCUGAGGUUCUAGCAAGCAGUGCUGCAGAUCUUAUGGAAACAUAUCCUCAGAAGUUGACAUCACAACCAUUUUCACAGCAUACAGGUGUGUGUGUUGAUGGUCAUAUUAGUAUGUGGUCCAUGUUUUAUGCUUCACCGAGUUCACAAUGUGGCAUGCAUUACAUUCUCAAACCUGCCUGAUCCCAUUCAUAUUAGGGAGGAGUGGGUUGAUGAUUUAUCUUGCAUUGUGUUCAGGAUUUAAUAAAUAUUUUUUAUGUGAACUAUAUCUUUGGUCUUCUGGUAUCAUCCUGCUUGUCCAGGUUACAUGUGUCAAAUGUAUCAUGUCGUCAGGGCCUCUGCAUUCCCUAAGCUGCUAAGCUAUCCGUAACAUUUUAUAUAGUCAUAACACUAUAUGCAGUAAGGCUGACAGACACUGCUCACCUUUCUUAACAUGAUGUACAUCACAGUAAUGAAAUAUCCUCUCUUGAGUAUGUCCUUCCUUGUGCAUCAAAGGUGGUUUUACAUUGCCUGGUCUAUAUUGCCAACUCAUUCUCUUGGUAAAUGCAUUUUAUUUAUUGUUUUCUAAUGACACUCACCUUGUAAUAUUCCGAGUUUGAAAUAAGUGCUGUAUAUAAAAACCUAAUAAUAACCUCAUUUUAUUUGUAUGUUAUUUGCAGGUUCAAAGAAGGACUAGCCACACUAAAUGUUCUUGAAACAAAAUCCAUCAGGAUUCAUGAAAUACUUCUGUUUUUCUGAGAAAAAAAUAACAGCUGAAAUUCUAGAGAAUCUUUUUAAAGCUGAGUUUAGCCAGCCUGGCAGCCACAGAAGACAAGAGGAAGUGAGGAUAGCUGCAUACUGGGCAGACUGCUUGUUAGAUAUUGAAGGUCUGAAUUCAAGUAUUGGAGAAAAUAUUUGUUUAGUAUACUUACUGAAAUAUGUAAUAUUGUGUAUAGUACAUGUAGAUUUUCCACCUUACACAAUUUAUGAAACAAACUACACUGAAUGUAAGUAAGCGCAGCAGGAGACACACAGGAGCUUCUGUCCACAGGAUGAGAGUUUGUAUUCUGUGUGCCCACAAGUUUAGAAUACAAAUCAGCGUUCAAUCAUUUACUUCUGAUAAACACACAACUAAGAUAAGCCAAUUAAGCAAUUUCUGCUUUUUUAACUUUUACAAUUCAUAGGCCUUUUUAUCUGGCUAGCAAUUUAUGCAUUUACUGUAUUAAUUAAUGAAUUUAUGCCUGUUAUAUUACUUGUUUAUUUCACCAGCAUUAAACUAAAGUUGUCGCAUCUCUUAACCAACAAAGAAAUAAGGGUGUGGAUCUCUUAGGGUGGUUCCAAUUUAUUAUUAAUGUUUAAAGAUGACUUUUUACUGUGUGGUAUGAAAUUGAUUAGAUUACUGUAAUAUUUUAAUUAACACUGACUACUGUUAACAAAGCUUUAUAUACAGUACAGUAUGACACCUAAACAUAGGUUUGAGCUUCCAUGCCACGUGAUCAGGAAUGGGACCAGUAAGAAUAAAUGAUACAAUGCAACAAAGCUGCUGACACAGUAUAGCGUUACAGAAUCUGAAGAUAUUAAUCCAGAUAUUAAGGAAAGAGGAAAAGAAAAACAGUUUGGUCAAAACACAUGCAUAUAAAAACAGUUAUGCUUAUCUGUACAAUUCAUCUUUGUGUAUUUAGUAACAAAAUUAAAUGUGGUGCACAUCAUGCAUUAUGCUAUGCGCUAGUAGUGGUGACGAGAUCUCGUGGUACGAGAUCUGGCGAGAUCAGAUUUGUCUCGCGAGAUGCGUCUGGUCUCGCGAGAACGUGACGAUAUCCUUGUGUUAUUGGCAUGAUGGAGUGUGAGGGAGAAGUAAGGAUAGAAGAUGCGCCCGCGACAUUUAAAUCGUUGGUGUGGCAACAUUUUGGAUUCCUUGUGGAAAUAAGAAACGGCAAAAAAAUGACAGACAAGACAAAGACAAUUUGCAAACACUGUAAGAAAUUAAUACCGUACACCUCUGCUAACACAAGCACUAUGCAAAAGCAUUUGGAAAACAACCACAGCUCGUCACCAGAAGGUGCGCCUGUGAAGAAAACGGAAAGCAAUUCAGUUCGCAUGAAAGGGCAAACAACCAUAACAAAUGCCUUUGCAGCUAAACUUCCAACAUCCAAUGCAAGAGCCACAGCAAUAACAAGAGACAUCGGCGUUUUCAUUGCAGCCGAUUUGAGACCAUUUUCUGUGGUGGAAAAUCUGGGAUUUCGGCAACUCAUCCACACACUGGAACCAAAGUACUGUAUGCCAUCCCAUCACGCGCACAUUUUACUCGCACGGUGGAGUGAAUGGUAAACGUUGUACAGGCUCUGAAAGAGGCAGAAACCAUCGCCAUAACUACUGACGGUUGGACUUCUAGGUGUACACAGAGCUAUAUCACAAUUACAGCCCACAUUAUCAACAGUAAUUAAGAAAUGGUACAUUUUGUACUGCAGAUGCGCCCACUUUUUGAAUCACUCACAGGGGCAAACGUCGCUGAAGUUUUACAAGAAGCUGUCACACAGUGGGGUCUUAAAAAGCCAAACCAUUGCCUCGCUAUUGUAACAGAUGGCACACAAUAAAUCUCGCUACACAGGCUGGCCUUGGUGUUGCGUGUGUCGCUCGUUUGCUCGGGCGGGUGAGACGUGUAACUGCUUUUUUUCACCAGAGUUCGACAGCUGCCGCGGUACUGACGUCUAAGCAGAAGCUGCUACAACUGCCACCGCACAAAUUAAUAAUGGAUGUCACCACGAGAUGGAAUUCAUCAUUGGAUAUGCUGGUUCGUUACCUGGAGCAGCAGCGCUGCUAACAGCCCAGAAAUAAGACAAAAUGCCCGAAACAUUGACACACUGGAUACCUGUGACAUUGUCAAUGCCGAAUUUCUUGUGAAGCUGCUGAAUCCUUUAAAGACAGCUACCACUGUCUUGUGUGAAGAGAAGAGGCCCACAGUGUCUCUCAUUGUGCCACUGAAGAACAUGAUAGAACAAAACAUGGCACCAAAUGACAGUGAUUCCCCCACUGUGGCCGACACAAAGAGAGCAAUUCUCAGCAAUAUUUCAGGCAGAUACAGUGGGGAUGUAGACAACUACCUGCUAGAGAGCACUGCGCUGGACCCAAGAUUCCAGUCUCUAACGCAGCUAGACUGCAACCAGCGUGAGGCCGUCUUUCAGAGGAUACAGAAAAGGGUGGAACAGUUGCAGCAAAACCAGCCCACAGAUGAGAAGAGUAUGGAGCGCAAGGAAGAGGCAUCAGCUCAUUGUUCCACACAUGGGGGCGAGGGGCUCUUGAAGCUGAAGGCGCAGCGGAGUCAGAAGAGGAACCUGCUUCCAAGAAGACAGCACUUGAGGAUCUGCUAGGGGACUCUUUCUCGAAGACAGAACAGCCCAGCAAAGGAAUGGAGAGGGAAACUGAACUUUACAGAAGAGAGGCCUCUAUCCCAAUUAGUUGCUGCCCUCUGACAUGGUGGAGAGAAAACAGCUCCAAAUAUCCUCUGCUGUCUCCACUUGUCAAAGAAUAUCUUCCCAUUCCUGCGACCUCUGUUCCAAGUGAGCGUGUCUUGUCAACUGCAGGAGACAUAGUUACUGCCCAGAGGUCACAAUUGCUGCCAGAAAAUGUAGACAUGCUUAUAUUCUUAAAAAAGAACAUGGCCGUAUCUUAGAGGUCAUUACCUCAUUACCUAGGUCUCAGCUCUUUUGUUCAUUGUUUUAAGACAGCACUACUUUGAUAGUUACACUAAUUAUGGUUAAUUGCACACAAAGGGAUAUUUGUGUUGUUUAUUAUUUAUUUUUAUUUAUACUACUUAAUUUUAUUGUGCAAUGAAUUGCCUGUCAGUUUGUGGCAAAAUAUUUUGCAGUGUUUACA